GUCGCCAUGGAGACGCGUGGCGCUGGCCGGGCGCUUAGCUCCUGCGGCCGCGGGCUCGGCGGCGGGGGUCUUGGGCUGUCCCUGGCGCGGGUGGCGGCGCGGAGGGCGAAUGGACUGCCGCGGUGGAGCGGGGGCGUCGGGGUACGGCGAAGAGGGCGAGGACGACGAGGACGACGAGGAGGAGCGAGAGGGUGGCACUGCGGGCUUUCAGGGCGCCAAGCUGCCCCCCAUCGCAGGCAGCGCCUCAGAACCGAACAAACGGAAGGUGAAGAAGAAAAAGAAGAAGAAGACGACCAAGGGGUCCGGCAAGGGGGACGAUAAACAUCAGAGUCCAGGCCUGAAGUGUCAGCAGCUGUCCUCAUCCUUUCACCACAUCUUAAGUCCCAGCAAAGAUCAUGGCCCCAGGCAAGAGCACAAACAGGACAAAGGUGAGAACAGGCCCAUCCCCCCUUACUCCUCCACUGUAAGUCUCCCCCAUUUUGCUGAAAUAGAAGAGAACCUCUCCAACCAGAUCAACGAAAGCCUGCGUUGGGACGGAAUUCUCGCAGACCCAGAGGCCGAAAGAGAAAGGAUUCGCAUAUACAAGCUGAACCGGAGGAAGCGGUACCGGAUUUUGGCCCUCAAGGGCUUCCACUCUGACCUGGGUGGCCAGGAGAACCCCGAGAACCUGCCGUACCUCCCGGAUAAAGAGAGCAGCACUGAGGGCAGGCAGCCCGCGCCGAAAGCCGACCGGCCCAGCCACGGCUUGGAAGGAAGCCUCACGCCCAGGCUGCUGCGCUCUGAUCUGGCUGCCGCUCUGCCAGAGUGAAAAUCCAGCCCGACGCCAAGUCCGCACUGCCAGUUUCUGUGUCACAGAAGAAUAAUAAUAAACGGAAAUCAGAACGCCUGAAGGAAGCAGAUGUCUGGUGUGUCGACGGGGCCCGCCUCUCCUUCCACCAGGGUGCCUUUCGUGGCCCGGGGAGGGCACAGCCGUGUAAUGGACACAGCUCUUUCUGGAUUUUUUUUUUCUUAGAUAAUUUGGCGUCUCUUUGUUAUUUAAUUUCUCAUCACAGAUGUCUGUAAUCUUCCCCUCUAAAAGACAGAGUGUGUAGAUUAUAUCAAUUCCAACUCUUAAGCUAAUUUAAUGGGUAAAACUCCUCACACAGCAUGCUUCUCUAGGCCCAACGAAAAUGCCCCAAAUAUCCCGGAGGCUUUUUUUCCUUUUUUUAAAUUACAUACACUCCCUGCCCUUAUGUGGUCUUCAAAAUAACUGAGUUCCAGAACUCCAUCCCUGGGAGAUAAUUAUGAGAAGUCUCAAAAGAGGUAUUGCUUCUCUUCUAAAUAUGGUCAUCCCAGGGAGCAAACUGGUGGUUGCCA